UCUUAAUUUUACAAGAUUAAAGUGAAAACACCUUUACCCCUGUAGAUUUAUAAUUAUACCAUUUUACAUGGGUUUGCAAUGGGUAAUUUUUCACUAGUAACUUUUUCACCAACGCGCAUAGCUUGACGUUUUUUUACAGUUUUUGAAAAGGUAAGUUUUUAAAGUAAACAUUACUGGGAAAGAUAAUAAAAUAUUGAUUUAUGAUUAAUCUUAGUUGUUGAAUUAUGAUAUUGAAAAUAAUAUGUAAUUCUUAAAUUGGAAGUAACAAAUUCUGAUUAAAACAUUAAAAGUGUCUGAUAUUGUUGUUUGUAUUUAAAGACAUGACUUUGUAAUAACAUUUUUAUAUGUUUCGAAAUAAAAUCAGUCUAAAUUGAGACAAGGAAGUAUACAGUAAUUAUAACCACUACUGUCUGGAGGGCGAUAACGAACGUUUCAAAUUUAUAUAAUCAGUAACUUUCUUUUUUGCUUAUUUGACGUUUUAAAGAUUAAAUAAUUAAGAAGACAUAUGUGCGGUUCUCGGAGAAAAAUAGACAUUAAUUAUUCUGCCAAAUAAAAACAAGAAUCAAAUAAAAUAUCGAGAAGAAACGAUGAAUAUAAUCUCCAAAUUUCUCUCAUUUUAUGUGAGAAUAUAUUUUUUAUAUAUUAAUUCCAAUAAAUAUAUUUGUAAGAGCUACGUAAAUUUAACUCUUUGCCAUUCAACGUUGCAUUUGUUGUGUCAAGAAAAGAUAUUUUUAUAAAGAUAAAUAAAAAGAUGAUUAAGUUCAAAAUUUCCGCACCAGGCAGAAUCAUUUUAUCAGGGGACCACACGGUGACGUUUGGAAAUCAUUUUGUUGUGGCCGGCUUAGAUCUUCGCACCAAUCUAGAAUUCUGCGAACUAUCAGAUGAGCAAACUAACAUUAGAGUAGAGUUUCAGGAUUAUGAGAAGGAUGUACCUUUACAAGAAGUUCAAUGCUUAUCUUCUCGACUUAUACGCGAAAACUUGUUUUCCGAUCAAGUCAAUUUGCUUAAAGAAGUGAAUUCCUUUAUCAACGUAAACAAUAUGUGGGAGAAAACCGAGCAGAAAAUUAGCUUACUAAUGCUCUUUUUCUUACUUUGUACUGUUACUUACAAAGAGCAUCUUGUCAUAAAACCUUUUCGAUUACACGUGUCCACUGAAAUUCCUUUUGAAAAUGGUCUUGGCGGUUCGACAUCAUUCGUGGUUUGUCUGGCAGCGUGUUUUCUUCAUUGGAAGCGUCUACAGAGUGGUGUUCAUAUUAGAUUUAAUGAACAAGACUUAGAGAAGAUUGAAGAAUACACUAGAUCUUGUGAGGGCAUUUUGCAAAAGGAUGCAUUAGCAACGAUCGAUGCCAAAGUUUGCGUAUAUGGCCGUAUAAAUAAAUGCAAACAUAUUCAUUCUAAUGUUUAUGAUAUGAAGUGUAUAGAUGUUGUUAAAACAGGAAUAAAGAUUCUAUUGAUCGGGACACAUCUUUGCCUAACGGAAGCACAAAGAUAUAAGCAAAUAGCAGAUCUGAUGUUGUCACGUAGCAAUUUUAAUUCUAUUUUUAAUGAAUUGGACGAAAUAGCAAUAAAUAUAUUUGAUGACCUAAAUUAUAUUAAUAAUAACAUAGAAAAUUCUGAUGCUUACAAUGACUUACAGAGAGACAUUAAGAAAAAUCAACAAAUGUUGAGCAAAUAUGAUUUGUCGUAUUUUGAAUUUGAUAUUGUUUCCUGCCUUGGAAGUGGAUUUAAUUUGGCAGGAAAACUUACAGGUUUUAAAGGUAGUUAUGUAUACUUUCCGUUGCCACCAAAAAUUACUAAGGAAGAAAUCACACGUAUUACAAAUCUUUUCUCGUAUAGAAAAUGCAGUUACAAAAUUGCUACAAUAGGCUGUGACGGAGUGAGAAUUGAUAUAUAAUUCUACUAAAAUUAUAACGAUUAUAUAUAAAUAAUUAUUGCUAAUUUGAUAGAAUACAAAAAGAUGACGCAAAAUUAUUAACUUAAUACUUGUUAAAUUAAAAAAAAAACGGCAGUCUCUUAAUAAUAUCGCAUUGAAUUAUAAAAUCAAAAGUAAGAAAACUUUGAGUUGAAUUUUCUUAUAAA